UAAUAUAUUCGUUAACAAAAAGAAUUUAAAUGGAAGAAGAAGAUGUAAUCUCGGAGACUCCAAGAUUUUCUAAAUCACGUCCCUGAAGCCAGCCUCCUAAAAAGCACAGAUCUAGGAGCCGAAAUUAUGACUCGAAUAGGCUUGGGAGACGAUCUCCUUUAUCAACUCUUCAAACGAAUGCUUCGAUUAGCACUGCAAAUAUUAUGAAGACUCAGGUUGUGAAAAAUACUGCUCAGAACUCUUAUUCUAUCUCCAGUAUUGGAAACAGUUAUUACACCCAGAGGUGUAAGUCUCCACCAGAUACAGAAAAAGAAAAUAAGUGAUACUAUAUAAAUUUCCAAAGUUGUCCUCAACCUAAGGAAAAGGAACAAACAGAUGAAUUCUCUCUCCUCAUUACCAAAAUAGAGACUAACAAGAAACAAAUUAAGCACACAAGACGAAAGGUUGACCAACUUGAAGGACAAAUAGGAGAUAUUUCAGAAAAAUUAGAUGGCUUUAAGAAAGACACUGAUCAAAUAAUAGAGGCAAUUUCUCGGCGAAUACAACAAGCUGAACGUACUUAUGAGGAAAACUCAGAUCCUAAAAGUCCCUCUGCUAAUUGAGAUGUGACUAUGAACAAAGUUAAAACUUGAGUUAAGAACACUUUCGAGCAUUUCAGGUUGACUUGACAGGAAGAUUUUAAGUACUUUAAUAAAGCUAUAAACGCAGAAGUGAAAGCUUUUAAGGAGUUCCUUAAAUACAAGAAGAAAGAUCUUAAGAGAGAACUAAAGAAAGAUUUUAAAAAAAUCUUGCCAAGAGUCUCUAGGAAAUAGGUCCUGUUCAUAAAUGAAUAAUUGGAAUGACCUUAUUAAGAAAUUAAUUUCAACAAGGAAU